UGUAGGAAAAUUAAUUCUAAUUACUAUCACGAGGCUGGCUGGCGGACGUACAUUAAACUAUUUAUAUCAUAUUGGUGAAAGUGAUGAAUUUGUUUUAAUUUCAUUGAGUUCUGCAGUCAUUGUAUAUAAUGCAUGCGUCACUGGGUUAAUUGAAACACAUUAUGGAUGCAAGGGCAAAUUUCAACCUAGCAACCUGUUCGAUACUUUCUCUCUGGAUCCCAAAUGUUUACUAUGGUGAUGCUGUGCUUCAUGUGUGAAUUGAAAGUUUAAGAUUUGUCAUAUAAUAGGGUAUUUGAGGGAUCUUUUGGAACAGUUUCAUUGAAAAUUUUAGGGAGAUUGAUUUAUGAAUUUAGGAAGGUGUUUCCCUUUGUGAAAUUGAGGGAAGAUAUAAUAGCCCUGUAAGAUUAAUAAUUAACAGGCAUUUAAUAUAAUACAUGAGGAGUACUACUAAUGCAUUGUCAGACUGUUGAAGUGGAAUAAAAAAUGACGUCAUAGUGAUAGAUAAUGAAAAAUUAAUUAUUUAUGACAAUAAAGUAAAACUUAGUCACUGUACAAUGUAUGGAGAUGCCUUUCCUGGGAUUCAUAUGAAGUAAUAUUAAGAUUUUGUGUAGUUUCAUCGUCUGUGUAUAAUACUGGUGGAGUGGUAAAGACUUUGACUUAAUGGACAUUCACUGCAACCAUUGACCAAACAGGUUCUGGACAUAUUAUAAGACUGAGGGAUUAAUAUCGAAAUACGAGUAGGAUGUUUAUUUCAACACCUUAUAGUCCGAAAUCAGACAACCAGACCAUUAUGUCACUUCACAGGGUCCACGUGGAGGUCAAAAAGUUUCAUCACCAUGAUAUGGAAGAAUCAGGAGAAGCCUUUCUGGCCAUCAUCAGUGCAGUGGGAUCGCUGGUGGUGCUUGUGGUGGCUGUUCUCUUGUGCGGGUGGUGCAUUGGGAAGACAGAUGAUGAUGAUGAUGAGGAUGAAUUUGACAGCGCCGACCUAUUGAGUCAGAAGUACACUGCAGUGGCCCCACAGGAUUCCAAUGAAACAGAGGGAGUACGCGUGCUGAACAAACGCUCCUGGGAGGCAAAGUCAUCCAUGCAAAGCACACCUAUAAUGCUAAGGAGGGAAAGUGUCAACAUUCUGAAUGGACUGUUGGACAGAUUUGAGCGUCCAAGCAGUCGGAACCCCGUAGUGACGGAACAAGUUCAGCCGUCUGCCAACGCCCACACGUCACUGAACGAGAGCCUCGGUGUUAGGAAUGGCGCAAGUGCUGGGCCCGGCCCGGGCAAUUACCAGGCCAUGGGCGGUACGCCCACACACAGGCCACUAAUGAAAAAUGACUCUCAAAAAUCCCAAAGUGCCGAUGACGUCAAUAGCAGUUUGUGGAAAGGAAUGAGAAACAUUGCAUUUACGUUAAUGGAGAAUGCGUCACAAGACGCCGAGGUUGUAGAAGCUGCGUCAGCCAUUGACGUCACGGAAGGUGUCGAUUGUAAAUUGGGACGCCUUCACGUUGGAUUAAGUUACGACUUCCAGUCACUGACUUUAACUUUGAAAGUAAUACAAGCCACGGGCUUGGUAGCCAAGGACUUCACAGGAACAAGUGAUCCUUAUGUGAAAAUUUUACUUUUGCCUGAUAAAAGACACAAAUUAGUGACGAAGGUGAAAAAGAAAAAUCUCAAUCCACGUUGGAAUGAAAGCUUUUUAUUUGAAGGUUGGCCACACAAUAAACUACUAGAAAAGACAAUAUACCUACAAGUGAUAGACUACGACCGAUUCAGUCGUGACGAUCCAAUCGGUGAAACGUAUAUUCCUCUGAAUGAAGUGGACCUCUCACAAUCUCCAUUCAUGUGGCGAUAUCUACAGCCAUGCAAAGACAGCCGGGGUAAGCUUGGGGAAGUCCUACUUUCCUUGAGCUACCAGCCUACGGUGGGAAGACUCAACAUUAUAGUGAUGAAAUGCAAAGAUCUCAAAGCCAAAGACAUCACAGGAGCCUCAGAUCCUUACGUCAAGUUAUGGCUCAAGUUUGGAAACAACAAAAUUGAAAAGAAGAAAACAUCUAUCAAAAUGCGAACUCUGAACCCUGUGUAUAAUGAGUCGUUCUUUUUCGAAAUACCGUGGGAAAAGAUUCGGGAAGCUGCAAUAGAAGUAAUUGUCAUGGACUUCGAUAAAGUCGGAAGGAAUGAGAUGAUCGGCAAAAUAGUACUAAGCAGUAAGAGUGGACCAUUGGAGACGAGACAUUGGAAUGAUAUGAUCACAAAGCCCCGCCAACAAGUGGCACAAUGGCAUUUGUUGAAGGACUGACAACGGCCAAGACAAUAUAAAACUGCAUAUUACUUUUUUCUUUCUUUUUUUAAAGUGAAACAAUUUUGUACAAAAAGAGACGAUUGAUUACAAUGCUGUUCGUUUUCUUAAUUGUGUUUUGUGAAAUCCGUUUCUUAUCUGUAACGUUAGAGAAGUGUAUCUGCAACCUCAGGUGUGAAAUUUGCCAUUUGUAUUUUAAGAGAGGUUAGUUUGAUUUGGAAUUUAAAUUGUUUAAAUCGACGUUUGAUUAAAUUUAUUAUUCACA